AUGCUGAAACGGUCAAGUGGCGUCCUUCUGGCGCUGGCGGUGAGGGCCAAGUCAUCGUUGAGUGCGGUCGAAAAGGAAGGGGGGGGUACAACGGAGUCAGAACAGCUCUCGAGGUACGUUCCAUCGUCAUCGGAGGCGCCCGAGCUUCUGCAGCCGUAUGUGGAACCGACACCGUUUGUUAGUGCACGGCGUCUUCAAGUUUUUCUGGCCUCCAUGGGCAUUGGAGCCACCACCGUUUGGGUUGUCUAUUAUCUUCUCAGCAAAUCUAUGAGCAACGCUCAUGAGGAAGAGGAGCUGUGUGUGCAGCGCGUGGUGGAAUCUAACCGUCUGGCAAUGAUGGAUCCGCAGAGUCUUAUUCCCGACUUCACUGCCCCGAGCUCAUUCAAUGAGUUGAAGGAAAAGAUGCGACAGCAUCAACGCGAGCUUGAGCGUCAGCAGGCAGAGAUAGACCGAGACACCAUUAUGCUUCAUAGGGAGGUUGUUUUCCGCAUGAAGGUUUGGUGGAAUGCUUCUCUUACACAUGUACAAGAGGCCUGUGAUCACUUUGGUGUCGCUCUCCAAAGGCGCAGAGAGCGUAUCGCGGAGAUCCACAUCAAACGCCUAUUAGAAGAAGAGGGAUAUCAGUUCGUGAAGCUACGCAGCGGAAAUACACACAUCUGGUAG